AUGGCGGCCACCUCCGCGUUCGAAUCGUCCCCGGAGAUGGAGCGGUUCCUCUGCGAGCGGCUGCUGGACGCGGAGCAGCCCAUCGCGGAGCGCUUCCGGGCGCUCUUCUCCCUCCGCAACCUCCGCGGGGAUGCCCCGCGCCGCGCCCUCCUCCAAGCUGCAAGGGAUCCUUCUAACUUGCUUGCCCAUGAGGCUGCAUUUGCACUUGGACAAAUGCAGGAUGCUGAGGCUAUUCCUGCGCUGGUGGCAGUUCUAAAAGAUCUUUCUCUACAUCCAAUUGUACGCCAUGAGGCAGCUGAAGCUCUUGGAGCUAUUGGCCUGGAAAAGAGCAUCCCCCUGUUGGAGGAAAGUUUAACAACUGAUCCUGCUGUGGAGGUACAAGAAACUUGCGAGCUGGCACUAAGACGAAUAGAAGAGCAGAAGAAAGCUAAUGGGGCUGAGAGUACAACCAGUUCACCCUUCCUCUCAGUUGAUCCAGCGCUGCCUGCAAAGCAUGGACUUUCAGUAGAUCAAUUAAGGGAUCUUCUUCUCAAUGAGCAAGAGAGCAUGUACGAACGGUAUGCAGCUCUUUUUGCACUUAGGAAUGAUGGUGGAGAUGCUGCUGUUUCUGCUAUUGUUGCAGCUCUGAGCGUCAAAAGUGCUCUUCUACGUCACGAGGUUGCUUAUGUGUUAGGUCAGCUGCAAAAUAAAGCCGCUUCAGAUGCACUUUCUACAGUCCUGAAGGAUGUAUGUGAGCAUCCAAUGGUCAGGCAUGAAGCUGCUGAAGCCCUUGGCUCAAUCGCAGACCAAGAAAGCAUUGUGCUUCUGGAGGAGUUUGCAAAGGAUUCUGAGCCCAUAGUCUCGCAGAGCUGUGAAGUAGCUCUCAGUAUGCUCGAGUAUGAGAGAUCCGGGAAGUCCUUUGAGUUUCUCUUCCUUCAGACUCCUCAUGUGCAGUCCUAG